UUCGCGCGUUCUUUCGUAAAAAGUGAUCCAACUAGAUCGCGAAGUAGCCGAAAGGAAUCGCUAUUUGUCUUGGUAGAUGCGCCACAAAACGAAAAAAAAACAAGCAGGAAACGUUUAGUUGUAGGGUCGGUUCGUUAGCCACAGUUGUAACUGAAUCCUGAAGUUUAAAAAAGUAAAGUUUCUUAUUCUUGUGCUAAUUUAGUUUUAAAAGAUGGAAUCUGCGGAUGAAUUGUGGCUCCAAUUUAUUAACCAAUAUUGGCCCGAUUUCGAAAACGACAAUGAAAAGUUACAGAAUCCAUCUUCGGAACAUGUCAUCGAAUGUUAUCAACGUGUUCGGCAAAUUAUUUGCACUCUCUUUACUCAAGCGACCGGAGAGGAUGUAACUGUACCUGCAACAUCAGUAGAAACCGAUUCAAUGUGUAACCUUUUAGGUUUUAUUAACAGAUUCCUGAAGAACCACUCGGGUGUUGAUUGUUCGUUAACGCUGACCGAUCUGUAUGCACCUACCGCAAAACGAACUGAAACCAAAAUGCGAAUAUUGAUGAACAUAUUGAUUGUUUUUUAUAGUAAUGUUAACGAUAUUAAGUCGGUUAUACAAAGGCAAAGGGAGUUAUCAACUAAAACUUCUGAGACCCAAAAAAGGGUUGUACAGCUGCAAACAAAUUUAGCAGAGAAUGCCGAAGCGCAUGCAAAAUUGUUGGACGAAGAAGAAAAAUUGCAGAGAAAAUUCAAGGAUGUGGAGGCAAGGUAUAAAAAUCUACAGGGACAACAGGAGGAUAACGAUAGGCACUGCAAGCAAUUGCAGCAGGAAUUGAAGACAGUAGUCGACACUUAUCAGAAUAAGGAAACAUUAGCGAAGAAUUUAAAGGCAAACAUUGCCAUUUGUAACGAACAAAUCACUAACGUAGAAACAUACAAAAGCUUACAGGAUUUGUUAGAAAACUUACGCGUGAAGCAGUCAACUCUCGAGGAAGAAGUGAGCGGUGCAGCGGAAAGAAUAGAUCACAAAAAGCCGGAAAUAGAUCAACUGACUGCAGUUCAAGAGAAAAUCGAGAUGUUAGAGGAAGGUUCCGCAUUAAUUAAAUCUUUACAGGAGGAUGUAACGCACUACGAAAACAAAAUUAAGCUGCAGCAAGCAAAGUACGAUAAGAUCCGCAAGACAAUUGAAACAAACCGGGCCUCUAUCCUUCAGAUUAACACGAAACUGAAAGAAAAAAAUGUUGCCACUCGCACAAAUUUGGAAGAACUUAAUGUAGCUAUCCAAGCAUUACAUUGUAAAAUAGAUAAGAUUAAUUCUGAAAUUAGUAAAGAAAAGGAUAAACAGAAAAAAUUAUGUGAAUUCAAAGAGCAAAUCGAGCGGAAAGUUGCAGAGGGGGAAAGAGAUUUACUUGAAAAACAUAGAAAUUUAAAUAUGCUAAAGGAACGAACACUUUGUAUGUAUGAGAACAUCAUGGCUGCUGAAAAUCCACUUGCUACAGAGUUUAUUGAUGCUCUUAAAGAAUUAAAAUCGGUCGUUGAAGGAAGUAAAUAAUAAUAAAUAUUGUAAUUGUUAUGUUUCAUUGUUUUAUUAAACAUGCAUGCCAUUUUUCACCACAAAUAAACAAUUUAGAAGUA